CGACAACAUCAUAUCGUGAACGGAGGUUUCGUCGCCACAGUCAUCGCCGGCAUUUUGCAUGGCAGAUCGCCAUCUUUCCAUUAUCGAACCAAGCAUAAUUCCAAGCUCUACUUAAUUGCCAACGACUGCCAACGACUGCCACCGACUGAAUUCGACCCCUGCGCGUCUUGAAAAGUCGCGACGCGACUGAUCAAGCUCAGACGCCUAUCAUCUCGAUGCUGCGAGCGACGACACGCUAGAGCUUCCUGUCGAAAAUGUCUUCGCUUCCUCCGCCUCCCCCUCCGCCUCCUGGUUGGGGUCCUCCCCCUCCCCCUCCCCCGCCACCUCCAUCAUCGUCACUCCCUCCUCCACCAGCAGCGCCAGCACCACCUCCCCCAGGCUACCGCCCGCCAUCCGACCCUCAUAUCGCCAAGUUUGCCCAGAAGAAGACAGAAUGGCUACGAGAUCAGCGUGCCCGCUUCGGCGAGAGACGGAAGGGCGGCUUCGUCGAGACCCAGAAGGCGGAUAUGCCGCCCGAGCAUCUGCGCAAGAUCGUCAAGGACAUCGGUGAUGUGUCCCAGAAGAAGUACACCAGCGACAAGCGGAGCUAUCUGGGCGCCCUGAAAUUCAUGCCACACGCGGUUUUGAAACUGUUGGAGAACAUGCCCAUGCCGUGGGAGUCGGCGAGAGAGGUCAAGGUGCUCUACCACGUCAACGGCUGCCUGACGCUGGUCAACGAGGUGCCGCGGGUCAUCGAACCCGUCUUCUUUGCGCAGUGGGCCAUGAUGUGGACUUUUAUGCGCAAGGAAAAAGCAGACAGACGCUUGUUCAAGCGCAUGCGUUUCCCUCCCUUUGAUGACGAAGAACCUCCGCUGUCUUGGUCCGAAAACCUCGAGGAUGUCGAGCCUGCCGAACCCAUCCAGAUGGAGCUCAACGAAGAUGAAGACGCUGCCGUGUACGAGUGGUUCUACGACCACCGGGCCUUGCUGGAUACCGAUCAUGUCAAUGGUCCCGGCUAUCGGACCUGGAAUCUGACCCUGCCCCAGAUGGCCACGCUCUUCCGUCUCAGUCGGCCUCUCAUCUCCGACGUUGUCGACCCCAACUACUCCUACCUCUUCGACCUCAAGGGCUUCUUGACCGGCAAGGCUCUGAAUGUGGCUCUGCCCGGCGGGCCGCGCUUCGAGCCCCUCUACAAGGAUGUCGACCCCAACGACGAGGAUUUUGGCGAGUUCAACGCCAUCGAUCGCAUCAUCUUCCGCAACCCCAUCCGCACCGAAUACCGCGUCGCCUAUCCGUACCUCUACAACUCGCUCCCGAGAAGUGUCCACCUCGCCUGGCAUUCGUACCCACAGGUCGUCUUCAAGCGGUCUGACAACCCCGACCUUCCGGCUUUCCACUUCGAUCACCGGAUCAACCCCAUCUCCUCUCGUGCCGUGGCGCCCAAGAACUUGAGCGUCAGCCAUGAAGACGACCUGUUCGGCCCCGGCAACAUGGAAGAGGACGAGGAAUACGCCUUCCAGCUUCCUGCCGAGGUCGAGCCGUUCCUCGCCGACGAAGAGCUGUUCGACGAUGACACCGCAGCCGCCAUCGAACUCUGGUGGGCUCCGUUCCCCUUCAAUCAUCGGUCCGGCAAGAUGGUGCGCGCCCAAGACGUGCCUCUCAUCAAACACUGGUACCUCGAGCAUCCGCCGGCGGACCGGCCACCCGUGAAGGUUCGGGUGUCGUACCAGAAACUGUUGAAGAACUACGUCCUCAACGAGCUGCACAAGAAGUCGCCCAAGUCCCAGAAGAAGCAAAACCUCAUGCGGAGUCUGAAGCCGACCAAGUUUUUCCAGCAGACCACCAUCGACUGGGUCGAAGCCGGAUUGCAGGUCUGCCGCCAGGGCUUCAACAUGCUCAACCUUCUCAUCCAUCGCAAGAACCUCACGUACCUCCAUCUCGAUUACAACUUCAACCUGAAGCCCGUCAAGACCCUGACGACAAAGGAACGCAAAAAGUCUCGCUUCGGAAACGCGUUCCAUCUCAUGCGUGAAAUCCUCCGUCUGACCAAGCUCAUCGUCGAUGCCCAAGUCCAGUACCGACUCGGGAACAUCGAUCCCUUCCAAUUGGCCGACGGUAUUCUCUAUGCCUUCAAUCACGUCGGGCAGUUGACCGGUAUGUACCGAUACAAGUACAAGCUGAUGCACCAGAUCCGGUCCUGCAAGGAUCUGAAGCACUUGAUCUACUAUCGCUUCAACGCCGGCCCCGUGGGCAAGGGUCCCGGCUGCGGCUUCUGGGCCCCGGCGUGGCGGGUUUGGCUUUUCUUCAUGAGGGGUAUCAUUCCUCUCCUGGAGCGGUGGCUGGGCAACUUGUUAUCGCGUCAGUUUGAAGGUCGACACAGCAAGGGCGUCGCCAAGACGGUCACCAAGCAGCGCGUGGAGUCCCAUUUCGAUCUCGAGCUGCGCGCCUCCGUCAUGGCCGACCUGAUGGACAUGAUGCCGGAGGGCAUCAAGCAGAACAAGGUCAACACCGUGCUCCAGCACUUGUCGGAGGCGUGGCGGUGCUGGAAGAGCAACAUCCCCUGGAAGGUGCCGGGACUGCCGGCCGCCAUCGAGAACAUCAUUCUGCGCUACGUCAAGGCCAAGGCAGACUGGUGGAUCUCGGUCGCCCAUUACAACCGAGAGCGCAUUCGCCGGGGUGCCACUGUCGACAAGACCGUGGCGAAGAAGAACGUGGGGCGCUUGACCCGACUGUGGCUCAAGGCCGAGCAGGAACGUCAGCACAACCACAUGAAGGACGGACCGUAUGUCUCUUCCGAAGAGGCCGUCGCCAUCUACACCACCACGGUGCAUUGGCUGGAGUCCCGCAAGUUCUCUCCCAUUCCCUUCCCCAGCGUGUCGUACAAGCAUGACACCAAGAUCCUCAUUCUCGCCUUGGAGAGGCUUCGCGAAGCGUACUCCGUCAAGGGACGCUUGAACCAGAGCCAGCGCGAAGAGCUGGCCCUGAUCGAACAGGCAUACGACAGCCCGGGCACCACGUUGGAGCGCAUCAAGCGCUUCUUGCUCGCCCAGCGGGCCUUCAAGGAGGUCGGCAUUGACAUGAACGACAACUACAGCACCAUCAACCCCGUCUACGAUGUCGAGCCCAUCGAGAAGAUUAGCGACGCCUACCUGGACCAGUACCUCUGGUAUCAGGCCGAUCAACGGCACCUGUUCCCGGCAUGGAUCAAGCCGUCCGACUCGGAAGUGCCUCCCCUCCUCGUUUACAAGUGGGCUCAGGGCAUCAACAAUCUCGACAGGGUCUGGGAAACCGAGAAUGGCGAAUGCAACGUCUUGAUCGAGACGGAACUGUCCAAGGUCUACGAGAAGAUCGAACUGACGCUUCUCAACUCGCUGCUCCGGCUGAUCAUGGAUCACAACCUUGCCGACUACAUCACGGCCAAGAACAACGUUCAGCUGACGUACAAGGACAUGAAUCACGUCAAUAGCUACGGCAUGAUUCGCGGCCUGCAGUUCUCGGCCUUUGUGUUCCAGUACUACGGCCUGGUCCUGGACUUGCUCCUGCUCGGGCCUCAGAGGGCGAGCGAGAUCGCUGGCCCUCCGCAAGGUCCCAACGACUUCCUGCAGUUCCGCGACAAGGAGACGGAGACGCGACAUCCCAUUCGCCUCUACACGCGUUAUAUCGACAAGAUCUGGGUGUGCCUCCGGUUUACCGCAGACGAGUCGCGGGACCUCAUCCAAAGGUUCCUCACGGAACAGCCCGACCCGAACUUCGAGAACGUCAUUGGGUACAAGAGCAAGAAGUGCUGGCCGAGAGACUCGCGCAUGCGCCUCAUGAGGCACGACGUGAAUCUCGGCAGAGCCGUCUUCUGGGACCUCAAGAACCGCCUGCCGAGGUCCAUCACUACCAUUGAGUGGGACGACAGCUUCGUCAGCGUCUACAGUCGGGAUAAUCCCAACCUCCUGUUCUCGAUGUGCGGCUUCGAGGUGCGCAUACUUCCAAAGUGCCGCAACCAGAACGACGAGUUCCCCGUCAAGGACAGUGUGUGGUCGCUGGUCGACAACACGAGCAAGGAACGAACGGCGCAUGCCUUCUUGCAAGUGACCGAGGAAGACAUCCAGAAGUUCAACAACAGGAUUCGGCAGAUCCUCAUGUCAUCCGGCUCGACGACGUUCACCAAGAUUGCGAACAAGUGGAACACGGCACUGAUCGCUCUGUUCACGUACUACCGCGAGGCCGCGGUCUCGACUGUCGAUCUCCUCGACACCAUCGUGAAGUGCGAGACGAAGAUCCAGACCCGGGUCAAGAUUGGGUUGAACUCCAAGAUGCCUUCCCGGUUCCCGCCUGCCGUGUUCUACACGCCCAAAGAACUGGGUGGUCUCGGUAUGAUCUCUGGCUCCCACAUUCUCAUCCCGGCCAGCGACAAGCGGUGGUCGAAGCAGACCGACGCCGGCAUUACCCACUACCGAGCCGGUAUGACACACGACGAGGAGACUCUGAUUCCCAACAUCUUCCGGUACAUCAUCCCUUGGGAAGCCGAGUUCAUCGACUCCCAGCGUGUCUGGACCGAGUACGCCCAGAAGCGCAUGGAAGCCAACCAACAGAACCGUCGCCUGACGCUCGAGGAUCUCGAAGACAGCUGGGACCGCGGGCUGCCCCGGAUCAACACCCUUUUCCAGAAGGACCGCAGCACGCUCAGCUUCGACAAGGGAUUCCGAGCGCGCGCCGAGUUCCGGAUCUACCAGAUGAUGAAGAACCACCCGUUCUGGUGGACGAGCCAGAGGCACGACGGCAAGCUGUGGAAUCUCAAUGCGUACCGGACCGACGUCAUCCAGGCGCUGGGUGGUGUCGAAACCAUCCUCGAGCACACGCUUUUCAAGGCGACCGGGUUCCCGUCCUGGGAGGGCCUGUUCUGGGAGAAGGCCAGUGGCUUCGAGGAGUCGAUGAAGUUCAAGAAGUUGACCAACGCGCAAAGGUCUGGUCUGAACCAGAUCCCCAACCGUCGCUUCACCCUCUGGUGGUCGCCGACCAUUAACCGGGCCAACGUCUAUGUCGGUUUCCAAGUCCAGCUGGACUUGACGGGCAUUUUCUUGCACGGCAAGAUCCCGACGCUCAAGAUCUCGCUCAUCCAGAUCUUCCGUGCGCAUCUGUGGCAGAAGAUCCACGAGUCGGUGGUGAUGGACCUGUGUCAGGUCUUCGAUCAGGAGCUCGAGUCUCUCGGCAUCGAGACGGUCCAGAAGGAGACGAUUCAUCCGCGCAAGUCUUACAAGAUGAACAGUUCCUGCGCGGACAUUCUGCUCUUCGCCAGCCACAAGUGGAACGUCACGCGGCCGUCCAUGCUGUACGACACGAAGGAUGUCAUCGAGCCGACGACGACGAACAAGUUCUGGAUUGACGUGCAGCUGCGGUAUGGCGACUACGACUCUCACGACAUCGAGCGCUACACGCGCGCCAAGUAUCUCGACUACACCACGGACAGCGCCAGCAUCUAUCCUUCGGCGACUGGCCUGAUGAUCGGCAUCGACUUGGCGUACAACCUGUACUCGGCGUACGGCAUGUACUUCCCGGGGCUGAAGGUGCUCAUCCAGCAGGCCAUGGCCAAGGUCAUGAAGGCCAACCCGGCGUUGUACGUCCUGCGGGAGCGCAUCCGCAAGGGCCUGCAGCUUUACGCGUCGGAGAACACGCAGGAGUUCCUCAACUCGCAGAACUACUCGGAGCUGUUCAGCAACCAGACGCAGCUGUUCAUCGACGACACCAACGUGUACCGGGUGACGAUCCACAAGACGUUCGAGGGCAACUUGACGACGAAACCCAUCAACGGCGCCAUCUUCAUCUUCAACCCCCGCACGGGCCAGCUCUUCCUCAAGAUCAUCCACACCAGCGUCUGGGCGGGGCAGAAGCGUCUGGGACAGCUGGCCAAGUGGAAGACGGCCGAAGAGGUGGCGGCGCUCAUCCGGUCUCUGCCGGUGGAGGAACAGCCGAAGCAGCUCAUCGUGACGCGAAAGGGUCUCCUCGACCCGCUGGAGGUGCAUCUCCUGGACUUCCCCAACAUCUCGAUCCGGGCGUCCGAGCUGCAGCUUCCGUUCCAGGCGGCGAUGAAAGUGGAGAAGCUGGGCGACAUGAUUCUCCGGGCCACGGAGCCGCAGAUGGUCUUGUUCAACCUCUACGACGAAUGGCUCAAGUCGCUGUCGUCGUACACGGCGUUUUCCCGGCUGAUCCUCAUCCUGCGCGCGCUGCACGUCAACCCGGACAAGACGAAGCUGGUCCUGCGGCCGGACAAGACGGUGGUGACGCAGGAGCACCACAUCUGGCCGACGCUGUCGGACGAGGACUGGAUCAAGGUGGAGGUGCAGCUGCGGGACCUGAUCCUCAACGACUACGGCAAGAAGAACAACGUCAACGUGUCGAGCCUGACGAGCAGCGAAGUGCGCGACAUCAUCCUGGGCAUGGAGAUCUCGGCGCCGUCGAUGCAGCGGCAGCAGGCGGCGGAGAUUGAGAAGCAGCAGCAGGAGCAGCAGGAGCAGCAGCAGCUGACGGCGGUGACGACCAAGACGCAGAACGUGCACGGCGAGGAGAUCAUCGUGACGACGACGUCGCAGUUCGAGCAGCAGACGUUCGCGUCCAAGACGGAGUGGCGCACGCGGGCGAUCGCGACGUCCAACCUGCGCACCAAGGCCAACCACAUCUACGUGUCGUCGGUGGACGACGUGGACGACGUGACGUACGUGAUGCCGAACAACAUCCUCAAGCGGUUCAUCAUGAUCGCCGACCUCCGGGUGCAGGUGGCGGGGUACCUGUACGGGCACGCGGUGCGGGACAACGACCAGGUCAAGGAGAUCAAGUGCAUCGUGAUGGUGCCGCAGAUCGGCGGGCUGCGCGACGUGCAGCUUCCGCAGCAGCUGCCGCAGCACGAGUUCCUCGGGUCGAUGGAGCCGCUCGGGGUGAUCCACACCAUGUCCGGGUCGGAGCUGCCGUACAUGUCGGCGGCGGACGUGACGGAGCACGCGCGGCUGCUGGACGCGCACGCGUCGUCGUGGGACAAGAACGACACGAUCACGGUGGCGGUGGCGUUCACGCCGGGCUCGGUGUCGCUGUCGGCGUGGGGCCUGACGCCGGCGGGGUACAGGUGGGGCGCGGAGAACAAGGACACGAACAGCGACCAGCCGCAGGGCUUCACCACGUCGAUGGGGGUGAAGCGCAAGCUGCUCCUCAGCCCGCGGUUCCGCGGGUUCUUCCUGGUGCCGGAGGGCGGGAAGUGGAAUUACAGCUUCAUGGGCAGCGCGUUCGCGGGCAUGGAGAAGAAGCCGGUGCACGUCAAGCUGGAUACGCCGAUGCCGUUUUACAGCGACCAGCAUAGGCCGAUUCAUUUCCAGAGCUUUGCGGAGCUGGAGGAUAUCUGGGUGGAUCGGACGGACAAUUUCGCAUAGGGCGUUGGUCACUCGGGUUUCCUUUGCAUCUCAGCUUUGCGUGAGAUGAGGGAGAGAGGAUGGAAGCAUAAAGGGGGGGGGGGCUUGACAUGAGCUUGGGGAAACGAAACAACAACACGAUUCCUGGCUUGCGAGAUUGACUUCAGUUGACUUCAGGACAACUCAAACUCUGUAUCUCUUUCAUUCUUGUUCUUUUUUCGUUUAUUUUUCUACCGUCAUUUGCCGGGUAAUGCGAGAGGUCAGCGGGGUCGCAAGUGGAGGAUUGCGACGGGCUGCAAAAGCAACACAUGGGGAAGAAAAUCACCCAUGUCUUUAGCUGAGGCGGCGUUUUGAGGUUUGUAGGAGUACUGUAAUGGAAAUAUAGCAAGACAUUUGUAUUUGCAUUUGUAUUUUUAAUCAUCAAAAAGAACAAUCGCUGAAGUUGGUUCUA